AUGGAAAGGAUAAGAAGAUUGGAGAGGAGGAGUGAAUGGAGGGAGAGAGAGGAAAGGAAAAGAAAUAUCAUUGUAAAAGGGUUAAAUGUAGAAAGGGAAAUAGAGGGGAAGAUAGAAGAGUUAAUAGGAAGUAUAGAAGUUGGGGUGGGGGUAGAGAAGAUAAGAAAGAUAAAAGCGGGUAGGCAGGAGAAGGGGUGGAUGGUGAUGGUGAUGUUGGGGAGUGUAGAGAAUAAAGGAAAGAUAAUAAGGAAUAAGUGGAAGCUGAAGGGAAGGGAUAUAUGGAUAGAGGAAGAUUUGACUUGGAAAGAGAGGAAGAUGAGGUGGAUGAUGAGACAUGUGGUAAUGAAAGAGGGGUGA